UGAAGAAUGAGAAAAUUGUGGAAAACGUUCUCGUUUGUCAAACCAACCAUACUCUAGACAAAUUCCCAUCAAAAUCCUAUAAAAUUUACUCAUUUUUCUCAUUUGGGUUUUCAAAAUUUCUGGAUUGGAGAUCUCCUCUAGAGUUUCUUGAAGAAAUUAGGGCCUUCUUCUUGAUUCCAACCUAGGAGAAGGCUCUGUUUCUUGAGUUUCGUUCAGAGGGAAGAUGUUUAGGAUUUCCGUAGCGGCCCUUCAAUUGGUUGAAUUAUUCGUCAGUUCUUUGGUUCAUUUGUUAUAUGGCUUCUACAUAUUCAGCUCUGCGGUGGCCGGUGAUCUUUCAUUGGCUUUGAAUGAUCUGUUUUUCAAGUCGAAUAUUGAACCAUCGAUCACGGAUGGAAAGUUUGAAAGCUCUGAUAAUGAUCUGCCUCCCAUUGUGUUGGUUCAUGGAAUUUUUGGAUUUGGAAAAGGGAGAUUAGGUGGAUUAUCCUAUUUUGCUGGGGCAGAGAAGAAGGAUGAGAAGGUUUUGGUGCCUGAUUUGGGUUCAUUAACCAGCAUUUAUGACAGGGCAAGAGAAUUGUUUUAUUAUUUGAAAGGUGGACAAGUUGAUUAUGGUGAAGAACACAGCAAGGCUUGUGGGCAUUCUCAGUUUGGAAGGAUAUAUGAAAAAGGGCAUUAUCCUCAAUGGGACGAAGAACACCCGAUUCACUUCGUUGGGCACUCGGCUGGAGCACAGGUGAUACGGGUUCUGCAACAAAUGCUAGCCGAUAAGGCAUUCAAAGGAUACGAAAACACUUCUGAAAACUGGGUUUUGAGUGUAACAUCGUUAUCUGGCGCGUUCAAUGGAACUACUCGAGCUUACUUAGAUGGAAUGCAGCCAGAAGACGGGAAAUCCAUGAAAUCGAUAUGCCUUCUCCAGUUAUUGCGAUUAGGAGUUAUCAUUUAUGAUUGGCUGGACAUUUCUGUCCUGAAAUAUUACUACAAUUUCGGGUUUGACCAUUACAAUAUGUCAUGGAGGAAAGCCGGUAUCUGGGGACUUGUCGAUUGUCUUGUUGGAAAUUCUGGCCCUUUUGCUUCGGGUGAUUGGAUCCUUCCAGACCUAACGAUCCAGGGAUCGUUACGUCUCAACAGCCAUCUAAACACGUUUCCUAGCACAUACUACUUUAGUUACGCGACGAAACGUACUAGAAAGUUCAUGGGUUUCACUCUCCCUUCCAAUAUUCUAGGAAUCCACCCGUUACUUUACAUCAGAGUCUUGCAGAUGAGUCAAUGGAGGCACCAACCGGACGUCCCUCCCCCUUUCAAGGGAUACAGGGAUGAAGAUUGGUGGGAUAACGAUGGCGCGAUAAAUACUUUGUCUAUGACACACCCUCGUUUCCCAGUUGAACACCCUAGUCGAUUUGUGGUUGAAGAUUCUGAAUGCCACCCCUUGCAACCGGGCAUUUGGUAUUAUAAGAUCGUGGAGGGCGAUCAUAUUCUUUUCAUAGUGAAUCGCGAAAGAGCAGGAGUACAGUUUGAUUUGAUAUACGACAGUAUUUUUGAGCGGUGUCGGAAACAUGCCUUUAGAAAGAUCCCGACAAUGCCGGAUCAUGUUCAAUGACGAGAUUAACUAUACAUUUGACAUAUGCAAGUCGCUCGCCGAAACGGGAUGUCUUGUAGUUUCGUUUUCUCGAUGUCCUGCUGAUAGAAAGAUGCCGAUACGCAUUGCUGUUGUACAGCCAUUAGUUUGUCGAGAUUUAUGUGAAAUUUCUAUGUAUUCGCCCACUUUCUAUACAAUCCAAAUGUUUUUGGUGAACAUGUAAUCGUUGUAUGGGAAUGAGUUCCAUUUUCUUCGAUUUUGUUGACGAAUGUUUCAUCACC